AUGAAUUCAACUCGUGAGAUCAUAACAUUGCAAUUUGGUCAUUAUUCUAAUUUUAUUGGCACGCACUUCUGGAAUUUACAGGAAUCAAGUUUUACUUAUGAAGAAAACAAUAAGCCAUUGGAAAUAUGUCAUGAUGUCUUGUAUAGGGAAGGUGUAAAUUUGAAGGGUGAGGUAACCUAUACUCCUCGUAUGCUGUGUGUUGAUCUUAAGAACAGUUUUUAUCAAUUGCCAGAUAUACAUAGAGGCUUAUAUGAUCUAAAUUGUAGCAAUAUAGAUGAAGAAAUAUCGAAUUCUUCAACUAAAAUUCAAACUAUUCAAGAAGAAAAAAUUCCUAGCAAUGAAUUUUUUUCAGACUUAGUCAAACAAGAACUACUUAUAGAUGAUGAUAGUGAGAAAAUAAAUAUAGCUGAGAAAGUAUACAAUUUAGAUAACGAUGUUAAAAUUUGGUCAGAUUUUUUAAAAGCUCGUUUUCAUCCAAGAACUAUCACAUCGAUUGAUGAGUAUAAACACAAUGAUUCAAAUAAUGUGUUUAAUAACUUUGCUCAAGGACUUGGAUUAUGGGAUUCAUAUAAAAUGAAAGAAACUUGGACUGAUAAUUUAAGAUUAUAUGCAGAAGAAUGUGAUUAUUUACAGGGAUUCCAUAUUUCAAUGGAUUCAUUAAAUGGUUUUGGUGGUUUAGCUUGUAAGGCAUUAGAAUACUUAGAAGACGAGUACUCUAACAAAACUGUUAUUGCUAUGCCUGUACUGUCAGAUAAUUAUAUUCUUGAAGAUGAAAAUUCUGAGUUACAAGCAGUUAAUACCUCAUUAUUAUUUUCUUCGCUAUUCGAACAUUCAACUAUGUUUGUGCCAUUAACUACAUCGUCUGGUGGAUGGAUAAAGAGCCAAAGUCAUCUUAAUUUGGAUUACUUAUCUUACAAAAACAAUUUAGAUUAUCAUUCCAGUGCUAUUUUAGCAUCAGCUAUAGACACAUUUACUUUGGGCUAUAGAAGUCGUUUUGGCAACGAUAGUAUGCAAAAUAUGUGUACCCGGUUGACCCCUUUGGGGCGAAAGGCUGUAUCAGCUUCAAUACAACUACCUCUUGGGUUUGAAUCAAAGUCAAAUUUACUUGAUUACUUACAGAAUUCAAAAUUACCCCUAUGGAAACCCAUUUCACCUCAGUGUACUACAGAAAUGUCGGUGGCCCAAACAAUUGUUUUAAGAGGCAUAACAGAAAACAUGCUGUACUCGAAUAAUCUCAUUAGAGAUUCAAAAAAUCCAUCUCAUCAUUGUACAUCACCUAGCGAUUUACUCAAAUUAUUUCUAUCUUUUUGUGAUCACGUGCGAAUGACAGAAGUUCAUUCAUUUGAUUCUUCUUUAGAAACUGUAGCCCCGUUUCCUAACAUAUUUUCUCAAUCUAUUAACCAGCAUGGAUUUGUAGAAUCAUCAUCUAGAUUAUCUACUUCUGUGGUCUCAAAAUGUGCAGCUAUUAGUGGUUUACAUAACAGUAAUUCAAUGAGAGAUAUGUUUAUAGCAUUGAAGAAUGAUUCUAGUAAAGUAAAGGGUUCAAAAUUGAGUCACAUGUUCAACUAUGAGAUUGAUGUAAUGGAUUAUAAAGAAACUCUCGAAAAUCUUCUUGUUUUGAGUGAUAACUAUUUAAUAAACGACUGUUUAUAA